GCCGUUGGGAAGGGUCGAAGCCAAGUUUCCUGGCCUCCCCGAAUACUACCUAUCCAAAAGCAUUAACUCCCUUUUUCCAUUUUACCCAAUUAUACCUUCAUUUACACCAUUUGCACCUCGAUUUCAAAGCAAAGGGUUUUCACUACUUUUCAAUUUUAGCUACCUCUACGGUGCAACCCAAUGUCCAACAUUACACAAGCCACAACCCAGGGUCCAGCCUUUCAUCGCCCAGGGAAGGGAAGGCAGCUUUGCUGCCUCCCCGAACACUAGUGAGUAUCUAGGUCGAGGAUUAUUUCUCAACGCCGGAAACUGAGCUUAUCCAUGGAGACUACCGAAGACCUCGGUAUACCUGUUCAAUGACACCUAGCGGUAGCUACAUACUACUAGAAACUCAGGGCAGACAAAGACUCUUCAGCAUGACAUCCCGAACCGCUUCCGGAUCCCAGAACCAGACUCUGGACAAAAACGGGCUACGCAAGAGACCGUUUCCCGUCAACCACUAUCAGGAGGUGAAGGACCUGAUCCGUGAUGUCAAGUUGCCAUGCUUCAAAUUCGGCCAGUACGGUACGGUCAAGUUCCUGAAACUGGAACGUUCCUGGGGAGACCGUGAGCCUGGUACUGUCUCUGGCCCGAGGUCGAAUGUCGCCAUCGAUGAGAAGCCAAUAUCAAGCAUGGGAAUCGAUACGAUCAGGCAUCAUAUCAACGGAAACACCGAGUUGCUAUAUGCGUUGGAUCAUGAGUACUUAGUUUGGUUCUUCGAGCAUUGGUUGAACAGGGGAGUUUUGGAGCUCUUAUUGGCCUUCGAAGAGAGGAACUGUCCUCCGUUUGAAGCAUCAUGGGACAAUGACAAGGGUUUAAGACGCCACAGAAGCCUCUUAUGUCUCUCUCCGACUCCUUUAAGACUGGACGAUAUCGGUCUACGGUGGUCAACCGAUAGAAAGCCGAACGCUUUCCUAUAA